CUUUUCGCACGUGGGUGAGUCGGACUAUACAGCGUGUUGCGUUAUGGCAUGAAUUUAUUUAAAUGUGUUGGACUAACGUUAUAUGAGCACAAUACGUUUUGAGGAUUUAUUUUGAACAAAUCGUUUAAAUAGAUCUAUCAAGAUUACAGGAAACUGUAUGCUUUCCCCACAUUAUCAGCAAGCAUGUUUGCUGAAGAGGAAUGGGCUGAUUCUCCAUCUGCAAAUGGGUCACAUCUGGCUGUUGUCAACGUAGUGUCUUCCGUCCCUGCUAAGGAUAAGGUUGUGGGUAAACGAAGCCUGUUGAGGACUUUGCAGACGCUGGGGUCAGUUCCAGAAUGGGAGACUGGGAAACCUUUUGGAGAGAGCGACGAUGAAGAAGAUUCAUCAUCCAACAAAAGAAAAAAGAAAAAGUGCAAGAAACGCAAGAGAACUUCUAAUGCUGAUAAGAAGGGGGAACGGAAUGGCCAGCCGGAUCCAUCUGAAACACCUGUGAAGAAGAAGAAACCAAUGAAGAAGACCAAGAAAGAACAGAGUCCUAAGGUAUCACAAGAAUCCAUUAAGGACGCGGAAUCAGUGGAAAAACAAGGCAGUCAAACGGAGCAAAGGCUGAGCAGAAAGCAGUGGAAAACCAAGAUGAAGAAUAAGAAACGGUGUAAGAACAAAUUUCUGCAGAAUACAACAGAUGUUGAUAAUGCCAAAGCAAAGGAGGAACCCGUAAGUCGAUCAAAAGACAUCCCAGCAACCCAGAAAGUGCAGAAAGCUUCAAAGGCAUCCAAAAAAAGGAAGAAGUCUCAUGUGAAGAAUGGCAUUGCUGUCAAGGACGAUACAGAUAAUUGCAAAGAUUCUGUUAAAUCAAGUAUAAACACUGAUAAUUUACAAUCUGAAACUCAACCAGCAGGUGAUUGUAUUAGCAGCCAUGAAAUCUCACAUGAAGUAGUAGAUAAAAUGAGGAAGAAAUCACAAAUACAGGCAGAAAAUUUGCCCAAAACUUUAAAGCAUCAUCUUACCGAUGAACGCAAUAGAGACACAGAUGAGAAAGGAAAAAACAAUCACAAAACAGUCAAUUCAAAGGGUGACACAGAGCAGGCACCUCUUGACCGCUCAGCUGCCUUAAGGUUAAAGAUGGAGAAACGGUUAGAAGCCGCUCGAUUUCGCUACAUCAACGAGCUGCUUUACACGUCGACCAGCGGUGAAGCCAAACGCAUGUUUCAACAGGACCCUGAUGCCAUUGGGAUUUACCACAAGGGAUACACAGCACAGGUGCAACACUGGCCUGAAAACCCUGUGGAUUCUAUCAUUUCAUAUAUAAGUCAAAGACCAGCAUCUUUAGUUGUGGCAGACUUCGGUUGCGGGGACUGUAAAAUUGCACGCAGUGUGAAGAAUAAAGUUCACUCUUUUGACUUGGCUCCGGUUUGUGAGCUUGCCACUUCAUGUGACAUGUCAAAAGUGCCACUCCGAGAUUCCAGUGUGGAUAUUGCUGUUUUUUGCCUUUCUCUUAUGGGAACAAACCUUGGUGACUUUUUAAAAGAAGCCAACAGAGUUCUGGUUAUGGGGGGUGUUCUUAAAAUUGCAGAGGUAGCCAGCAGAUUUGCCGACGAGCGUUCAUUUGUUGGUGCAAUGUCACAUCUGGGCUUUAAGUUGUCCAAUAAGGAUGCAGAAAACAGCCACUUCUACUCUUUUGAAUUUAUUAAAACGGGAAAGGCACCAGGGAAUGCGAAGAGACCUGGACUACAACUUAAACCAUGUCUGUACAAGAAACGAUAAAUCUGUGAAAUGUAAAUAUAUUGUUGAAUUAGAUUUUAUAUGGCUUUGUCAGACUGUGUAAAUCUAUAUAACAAAAAGU